CCAGUCACCGCAGACUCCAGCUGCCUAGACUUUAGUUUGUAGAGUGAACGAAGUCACUUAAGAACGUUAAAUUUUAACUUAGUCUUUAAGGAAACCUUCUCCCUUUGGGCUUCUCCGGAGGAAUGGAAUGGAAGUUAAAGAAAUAUUUCCGUCCCAAAGUGAAAAGAGAAGGAGCGAUGGUUUUGGCAAACACUAUGAGAGUGCUUUCUAAAGAUUUGUUCAGUUUCAAAAGAAAAUAUUCCUUUGGUGCUGUGAAGAAAACCACAGAUAUCUCAUAUAGACGUUUUAAGAGGAGGAUCUUGAGUCGGCGAAGUACUGAAUUCCCCGUAGCGAGCAGCCCGAUGACCACUAGAUGGCAGCACUCCUACAUCACAGAAAACGACACCGUUUGUCAAAGGCUGCCACUGGAUUCUCCGCCGCGUUCCACCUCACUCACUGAAGUACGUCUGGGUGACCAGGAGACAUUACCCACCCCAGAUGGAGAAUCUCCUGUAGAUCUUGAUAAAAGAGGCUGGGAUGUCAGUGCGAAGUCUCUGCUUGAAACGUCACGUGAAUGCAACCGAGGGCAGAGUGAUGCUUUGAAAGUGAACGAGCAGGAUUGCAUUUGGAAAGAAUCUGAAGGUGAUGAAAAUCGAAGCUCUACACCGCUGCCCUUCAGUAUCGUUGACACAGCUCCCAGCAUGCCCUGCAGUGUCUUCAAAGCAGAGUGGCAGAUGGCAGUCCCUGGACUGCAGGAUGACUACUAUCUCAACCUUCUGGCUUGGAGCGAACAGAAUGUGAUCGUACUCGGCCUGGCCUCCUCAGUGUGCAUUUGGGACGCCAGCACUCAGUCGCUGCAGGGGAGCCUUCAGUUAACGGCCCACACCUCUGAUCUUUUUGGCCCUCCCUGCUGUCCUCGGGUUUCUUCAGUUGCCUGGAGUAAAGAUGGCCAAACCCUUGCCAUUGGGAAGAGUGACGGGGAGAUUCUGCUGUGGGAUGUGGAACGCAGGACGAGCCUGAGAAAACUAACAGGACAUCUAUCAUCGGUGGGGUCCCUAAGUUGCAACCAGUACAUCCUCAGCAGUGGCUCAGUCCUUGGAUUGAUCCAUCACCAUGAUGCACGGGUGGCUAGACCUGUGGUUGGUUGGCUCCGGCAGAAGAAGGGCAUAUGUGGUCUUGCGUGGCGUCCAGAUGGGAGCAAGCUGGCCAGUGGAACUACCGAUGGUCUCCUUAGCAUCUGGCCUGAUGAUCCUGGGGCUACAGGGAAGUGUUUGCCAAUGCUGACCAUAUCCCAUCCAACUGCGGUCAAGGCCCUUGCCUGGUGUCCUUGGCAACUGGAAGAGGUGGCUGUUGGUGGGGGCAGGCAGGAUGGGGCCUUGAGGGUCUGGGACACUCAUACAGGACUCUGUCGGCAGUCAGUUCAGACACACUCUCAGAUAUGUUCAUUGUGCUGGUGCCCAGCCAAUGAGGAACUGCUCAGUGGUCAUGGCCUUCCCCAGAAUCAAAUCACCUGCUGGAAGAUGCCGUCCAUGAGCAGAAAAGCUGAGCUGUACGGUCACAGAGGUCGUGUCCUGCACCUGGCACGGAGCCCAUGUGGAACUCGCAUCUUCACGGUGGGCUCGGAUCUCCAAGCCUGCAUGUGGAAACGUUCGGACCGACUGAUCGGGCCCCAAGAAGAUGCUGAUGGACAUUGCUGUGAGAAUUGACAAUGUCAUGAGACGCUAUGAUGAUGAUGUCAUGAGAAACCGAAGCCUGGGACACAGAGCUGUACCCGUAGCUCAGCGUUCCCAUCAGAAAGGAAAGGAACAUGGCCACUCCGCGAUGCUAUUUCUCACCUCUAACCUUCAGAUGCUCCAUGCAGUACUGUGUGACGCCGUCCUCGUGGUCGGACCACUGAGUCAAACCCACCGGUGGUCUCAGCUCUCUUCGCUGUUCUUUCCCGCAAGCACACCCACAUUUCCAUCCUCUGCUGAUGGUAAAUUGUAGUCUUUGGUCACUGCUGCUUACACACGUAUGCAUGUACCAUAUAAAUCUAGGCUAAAGAACAACAGGCAGUAAAUGGAAACUUAAGAUCAGUAUUUUUGGUUCUUUUUUCAGUGAGACUUGACAGUUUCAGGUUUAUAAAGAAGUAUGGAAUUAAAAUGCAGUCUUACUGAGGACAUAAGUAGCAGAUUUAGGAGUUAUUAACCCUUUCAUGUGCUACUAGGAACUGGGCAUUGAGACUGAAGUCAGCACAGCGUGUAUGACAGCUUGGACAGCUGUAUUUUAGCUGUAGAUUUAAAUCUAAACAGGCAAAAGGUCACUAUACUCAAGCUUGUUUGCUAAUUACUAUCAGCUUAAACAGGGACACCAUAAAGCUACAUAAAGUUACUCAGAAAUGAAUUUUUAGCCAGUGACUCGUAUGCCUAAAUCUGAUCUUUUAAAACAGCCAUCGCAGACCCUGCCCCUGUAGAUCUGUCCCCUUGCAGAGCUUCGGUGCAGCCUGAAUGUUACACACCUGAUAGAUAAUAAUCAGGCCCUUCAGUACUGACCCAUAUGGAAGCAGACUCUCAGCCAUCACUGGGGAUAAUAUUUGACUAGCAGCAAUGUGCCUUAGAUCAGAUCAUUCAGCAGGAGUUUUCAGAGGCUAUGUUACCUUUCUUCACCUGUAAAUUCCAUUGUGAAUUCAGAGUAUAAUAUUUACUUGGGCUAAUUUCUUUCUAAAACUGAAUUUCUGUAAAUGGGCAUGAUGAAUAAUGGUGUAUAUAUGUAUUUAUUCCAUACGACUGAAAGUUACUCCUUCCUGCUGUCUGUACUGUAAGCAAAGCAGCAUGCUUUGGAUAGAUGUCUGAACUCUUUUUAAAGUAUGAAGGAGGUGGUUUGUAAAGUUGAUUAUUUGUGGCCUAAGCCAGCCCUGCGUGUGCGUGUGGGUGUUUAUGUGUGUGUUCUCAUGUUUAUGCUGCGUUCGUAUGGGUUUCCUCUGGGUUCUCUGGUCCCUCCCACAGUUCAGAAACAUGCAGUUAGGUGAAUAGGUGACUAAAUUGCCCGGAGUACGUGCAAGUGCGCCUGCCAGUCCUGUGAUUGACCUGGCAUGCUGUGCUUCUUCUGAUUG